CAUCCAGCCAUCUGAUGUCUGACGACUUUUCUUAUUCUGCUCCUCAGUGAAUUUGUUUCUCGUGGAGUCCAGGAAAAACUUCAAAAGAAGAAAAAGAGGGGGCUGUGGAGGAGGACAAGGUCAUGGCCUCCUGGUUCAGCUGGAAUGAGCCGAAUCACAGGAGCCCCCAGCGGGACCCGGCCGACGUGGUCACCGACACCCUGAUGCUGGAGUUCAGCUGGCAGCUGAAGGAGGCGGAGAGGCAGCAGAGAGAGAGGGAGAACGAGUACCGGCGCCUUAAGACUGGAGUGGACUACAGCUGGCUGGCCAGCACACCCCGGUCCUCCUACGCCAUCAGCACCGGGGAGAGGCUCAGCCUGGAGGACCUCUGCUCCAAGGUGCCGCCGCCCUGCUGCGGCCUGGUUAUACUCAAGUUUCGGGAGAUGUUGCAGGCCAAUGAGCCCGAGGUGCAGGAGGUGUCCGGCCUGUUUCGCUCCGUCCUACUGGAGGCCUUGGAUAACCUGAAGGAGGAGCAGGAGGCGCAGCGCCUCGCCCGCCAAUGGAACAACAAACGUGCCAUGAGCAUGUCUCUCAUGAACUUCAGGUCCCGCAUCAAGAUCAACCCAUUCGGAAGCACAGUGGGCCUGACCUCCACUGUGGCUGAGGGGGCGGGGUUAAGUGACCUCAAAACUGUGUCCGAGGAUGUGGAGAGGGGGAUGGAGAGGUCGCAGAGGGUGUGGAGCAUGCCCGACUUCAGAUACAAAGGAAACAGCAGCAGUAAGGUUGUCUGAUGUGGGCUGUUGACGGCACAGUGAUGGAGGGACGUAUUAGAGGGACAGAUGCUGAUCUCCAGGACACCGCCGCUGCAGUGUGUUCACUUUGCACCAGACGGCAGGAUGAAUCCCACAAUCCUGCGACUGUCAGUAUGAGA